AUGUUCACCCUCACCGAAGUCGCCUCUCUGAACGACAUCCAGCCGACUUACCGCAUUCUGAAACCAUGGUGGGACGUCUUCAUGGACUACCUGGGCAUCGUCAUGCUCAUGCUAGCUAUCUUCGCCGGGACCAUGCAGCUGACACGGGACCAGGUGGUCUGCCUGCCCGACCCGGAUUCGCCCCCCCACGAGGUGGCUGCCCUUCCGACGCAGGCGUCUGGAGGGUUGUGGAGUAAGGAGAGCGCCAUGGGAGAGCAAGCGGCGCCCCUGAUGGCGGCCCACGAACAGCAGCCCCCGACGCAGCAGCCUCCGCCCACCGGGAUACGAACCAAGCUGGACUUCCAGCAGUAUGUUUUCGUCAACCAGAUGUGCUACCACGUUGCCCUUCCAUGGUACUCCAAAUACUUCCCCUACUUGGCGCUGAUCCACACCCUGAUUCUGAUGGUGAGUAGCAAUUUCUGGUUCAAGUAUCCACGAACAAGCUCCAAAAUCGAGCACUUCGUGUCCAUCCUGGGCAAAUGUUUCGAGUCUCCGUGGACCACAAAGGCACUGUCCGAGACGGCGUGCGAGGACUCUGAGGAGAACAAGCAGCGCUUGGCGGGGGCUUCCUCCCACCACAAGCACUUCUCCACCAGCAGUGAGGAGGGCAGUCCCAACCAGUCGGCUCCCAUGCUGACCAAUUCCGGCGUCACCUUCUCCGCCGAGAAGCUGGUGAGCGAGGCGCCCUCGAUGACCAUCUUGGACAAAAAGGAUGGGGAACAAGCCAAGGCGCUCUUUGAAAAGGUUCGCAAGUUCCGCGCCCAUGUGGAGGACAGUGACUUGAUUUACCGGCUGUACGCCCUGCAGACGCUCAUCAAGACGGUCAAGUUCAUUCUCAUCCUGUGCUACACCAUGACCUUCGUAGCCUCCAUCGACUUCCACCACGUGUGCGAGCCGGAAAUCAAGCACCUGACGGGAUACAAGAAGUUUCACUGCACGCACAACAUGGCGUUCAUGUUGAAGAAGCUUCUGGUGUGCUACAUUGCCCUCAUCUGCGUCUACGGCGUCAUCUGCAUCUACACGCUCUUCUGGCUCUUCCGCCGUCCCCUCAAGGAGUACUCGUUCGAGAAGGUCCGUGAGGAGAGCAGCUUCAGCGACAUUCCCGACGUGAAGAAUGACUUUGCCUUUCUGCUGCACAUGGUCGACCAGUACGACCAGCUCUAUUCCAAGCGCUUUGGCGUCUUUCUUUCGGAGGUCAGCGAGAACAAACUGCGGGAGAUCAGCCUGAACCACGAGUGGACCUUUGAGAAGCUCCGGCAGCAUGUGACCCGCAAUGUUCAGGAGAAACUGGAGCUGCACCUUUUCAUGCUUUCCGGUGUUCCGGAUGCCGUGUUUGACCUCACCGAUUUAGAGAUCCUCAAGUUGGAGCUUAUACCUGAUGCAAGGAUCACGGCCAAGAUCUCGCAGAUGAUCAACCUACAAGAGCUUCACUUUUACCACUGCCCCGCCAAAGUGGAGCAGACGGCGUUCAUCUUCCUGCGGGACCACUUGCCGUGUCUACAUGUCAAGUUCACAGAUGUAGCAGAGAUCCCCAGCUGGUUGUACUUGUUGAAGAAUUUGCAGGAGCUCUACUUAGUGGGCAACCUCAACUCUGAGAACAACAAAAUGAUCGGGCUGGAGUCUCUGCGGGACCUGCGGCACUUGAAGGUCCUCCAUCUCAAGAGCAAUCUCACCAAGAUCCCCACCAACAUCACCGAUCUGUCACCGCAUCUCGUCAAGCUGGUGGUGCACAACGACGGCACUAAGCUCCUGGUGCUAAACAGCCUGAAGAAGAUGAUGAACCUGUCCGAGCUGGAGCUGCACAACUGCGAACUGGAGCGCAUCCCGCACGCCAUCUUUAGCCUAAACAACCUCCAGGAGCUAGACCUCAAGUCCAACCACAUCCGUACCAUCGAGGAGGUUAUUAGCUUCCAGCACCUGAAGCGGCUGACUUGCCUGAAGCUCUGGCACAACAAGAUCAUCUCCAUCCCGCUGUCCAUCAGCCAUGUCAAGAACCUCGAGUCGCUCUACCUGUCGUACAACAAGCUGGAGUGUCUGCCCAGCUCCCUGUUCAACCUGCUUAAGCUGCGGCAUCUGGACCUGAGCCACAACUCCAUCGGCUCCAUACCGCCAGAGGUGGGCUUCCUGCAAAACCUCCAGUACUUCGCCAUCACCGGCAACAAGCUGGAGGUUGUUCCCAAGCAGCUCUUCAAGUGCACCAAACUGCGGACACUGUGCCUCGGCCACAACAGCAUCACCUCCCUGCCAGAGAGGUUCGGCCAGCUGACGCAGCUGAGCCACCUGGAGCUGAAGAACAACUGCCUAGACCGUCUGCCGGCACAGCUGGGUCAGUGCCCCCUACUACGCCGGGGAUGCCUGGUGGUUGAGGACCACCUCUUUGACUCUCUGCCCUUGGAGGUCAAGGAGAGUAUCAACCAGGAAUCUGGCACUGGGUGCAAGUGUUUAAUGGAGGGGCGGUAG